AUGUUGAUUAGAUGGUUAGAGGUAUGCAUUUUAUUCGCGGAAAUUCUGCCUUUGAUGUCGUCAAAGUUUCGUUCGGAAAAGAUUAAUUACAUUUAUGAAAAGGCUCUUCAACAUAUUGCCGAUCGAAAACGUUUACAGAAACUGGAGGGCGAACUCAGCAAUUAUGACAAUGUGUACAUGGAUACAAAAGCAGUACAUAAAUCAAGGAGUGCUGAUGAAUUCAAUAGUCAGAUGGAGAAAAUCGAUAAGAAGCUGGUCACUUUGUUAGAGAAAUACGAUCUUCAACAGGCCAUAUAUGCUUUCAAAGAGAAAAUGAAGCACAAAAAUGAAUUCAUUGAAAGUACGGACCAUCCGAAAGUGACAGAUUUGGCAGCUUUUGAUGACGAGCGAUUACAGCAGUUAUGGGAGACGGCUAAGAAUGGAAAGUUUUCGGAUAUUGAGUUGAUAGCACUUCAUAGCGAACUCAAAGAUGCUGAAAGAAAAACGAGAUUGUAUGAUGAUACACUCCAACAAAUGAAUAAGGUUCCCAUGGAGAACUCAAUUCAUUUCGACGACCACCACUCUUUAGAUGUCAAAAAAGCACAACUGAAGAAGGUCCAUCGCGAUAUGUCUGAGCACAUUGAUCAACUUCACCAGAAGAUACAUGAAAACACCAAGAGCCCCUUUGAAAAUGAUCGCGUCAGGCGAUUAUGGAAGUCUGCCCAAAUGAAUGGAAAUUUCUCUCAAAAAGAUUUGGAUAUUAUGAAAGACGAAUUGCUCCAUUUCGAUACGCAACUUAAGAAGAUCGCUUUCCAUAAGAAAGAGUUGGACGCCCGCCGUGAAGAACGAAAGAAACAAGGAAAAAUGACUCUACAUGCUGUGGAAGACCUAGAACUAGAAGCAAAGCAUGAAAAAAUGGAGAGGAAGUUGAGAAAGCUGGAGAAGUAUUUGGAUUCAAAAAUACAGCACAGCGAACUAUAG